UUCCAUUCAGCAGCACUAGGCUACUCUCUCUCUGCACUUUGAAAAGACUAUAGCCUGCAACAAAACCACAUUAGUUGUCAAGCUUGUUUUGUGCACACACGUUUUGUUGUGUUUUUCAGCGUAUUAUGCACAUUGUUUUUGAAGAAAGGCUAGAGAGGAUGCAAGGUAAAAUAGACAAGAGCUUGAGAUUUGCGCGGUUUUGGUGUGCAGCAGCCGGACAAGGGGCGUGAACUACCUCAGUAGUUGAAGUGAAGUGUUGGAGGAAACAGGUGGAAUAUUGACAGUUCAACUUCAUGCGCUCAGCACGUCAUUUCUUCAAAGGUGCACAGAACUUGUGGAGGACAUCUCUUUAAAACUCAUCCUUGGACCUGUUCCUUCACGAAGCCGAGCCAAGUCUACUUUCCCCCGCUAAAGGAUAGAGAGAGCGUCCAAACGUUCAAAUGCAUUUAUCACUGGAUACCAUGAGCAUGGUGGACGACAGCUGCCUCUCACCCAGUAACUUCCACGAGAUGGUGAAAGGAGGGGGGGCGGCGAUGGGGGGCCGCGUCCACAGCAUUGAUGUCAUCCUGGGCUUCAGCAAAGACCAGGACCCCCUGCUCAGCCCAUCUGGGGGCCCAGGGCUUCACAAAGUGGGCGUGGAUGGCCUGGGAGACCCUGGGAAGCAGGACCCAGCACACCCCUACGGGCACCUCUCAGAGCAGCAGUCCUACCAUGAUUCAGGACUGUACUCGGACAAGUGUGACGGGGAAAUUAGUGAUCUGAGGAAGAGUGUGGAUAGCAAUGGAGGGAAAAGUCCGGAGCCCUGCGAGGAAGAGCAGCCCAAGAAGAAGCACCGACGCAACCGCACCACCUUCACCACGUACCAGCUGCACGAGCUGGAGCGUGCCUUCGAGAAGUCUCACUACCCCGACGUGUACAGCCGUGAGGAGCUGGCUAUGAAGGUUAACCUGCCUGAAGUCAGAGUUCAGGUGUGGUUCCAGAACCGCAGAGCCAAAUGGAGACGCCAGGAGAAGAUGGACGCCAGCACCAUGAAGCUGCAUGACUCGCCCAUGCUCUCCUUCAACCGGCCACCCAUGCACAGCAACAUGGGGCCCAUGAGCAACGCCCUCCCCCUGGACCCCUGGCUGACCUCCCCUCUGUCCAGCGCCACCCCAGUCCACAGCAUCCCGGGUUUCAUGGGCCCAGGACAGGGCCUGCAGGGUGGCUACCCCAGCCACAGCUUCCUCAACAGCCCACCCAUGGGCCAGGGGAUGCAGUCCAUGGCACCACCCCCAUACCAGUGUUCCGGUCCUUUCACCGACAAAUACCCAAUGGAGGACGUGGACCAGAGGAGCUCCAGCAUCGCCGCACUGAGGAUGAAAGCCAAGGAACACAUCCAGUCCAUGGACAAAACCUGGCAGCCCAUGUGAUGGUCUGAGGAGGGCUAUUGAAACUGUUUCCAGUCAUGAUUGGGGUUUUGGGCCAUGAUAAUGGCAUUUUUCACACAACAGGAUUGCAGUGAUGGCACCAACAAAUGCUCAGUUACAACUGAUGAUAUUUCUAAGAUUUCCAACACCAGUGACAUUUUUACCCUUUGUCAGCACUAGAAUGGUUCUUGGUCUCUUUUUUGAUUUCCAUACUAGUGAUGUGAAGGAUUGGAAGUUGAUGCAUAUUUUGUGUGCCACUAUUCAGAAAGGUUUUUAAUCUGGAUCCUAUGACACAGAAUGUCAAGAAAGGCCUCGCAAAGGUAACUACACAAACAUCCAUUUUCCAAAAGGACUGCAAAGACUGCUCAAAUUAACAGGUUUAUGAUAGAAUACUUUUUUGUUUUUAUGAACUUUUAUGAAGCAACUGGAACAAGGAUUCCACUGGACACAAAUUGCCCUUGAUGGCAACUUUUAGAUUUUUGAUCCUUAUCUAAUAGUUUGGAUUUCAUAUAAAAGGCAACAAAUACUUCCUUCUCAGUAAUUCUAUAAAAAUGCAAACACUGUACACUCUAGUCAGGUUUUGGGCCAGGCCUAAUUGUGGCAUUAGCUAAAGAUCUAUAACCAUUCUUGCUUAUGACAAAGCACAAUGCAAUGUCUAUAUAGCUCAGACCACAUCUUGUCCAGCCACUGAGCUAAUUGACACAGAAAAUCCCAAAGAGUAUUGGGUAUUUUAAGUUUGUAAAUGCAGAUCACACAGCCUGUCCAUGUGUUCAUUUUGUUACUCAAUAGUCUUUUAUUUUUUGCAAGAGUAGUUUGAAUGUUUUUGUUCUUUGCUGUUAACCAUGAAUCUAAUAAUAAGUAUACACCAACUCAUGUCCCCUCCAAAUCCUUUCAUAAAAUACAUUCUGUAGAGUGCUCACACACGGUCACAUUUAACUCUGCAAAUUAAGGUUUGUGUAUUUUCCUAAUUAAUCCAAUUGUCUAAUUUAUCAUGAAUUUUACAGGUCAAUUAACCAGUAAUUCUCUCAGUAUUUGUGAAUGGCCAUGCCAUGUCUCCCAUAAUAGUAGUUGAAGGUUGCGGCAGUAUGAAUCGCUAUGUCUAUGACCCUGAAACACAGAAUCAUUCAUCCAGUUAUGAUGGUCAGGUUAUUUCAACACCUGGAGAAGAAGGAUACCACCGCCACCUCGGAUGAAGGGGAAACACUACAUUUCUGUCUGUCUCGACUGCACUUAUAGUGGAGAGCCUCUGUCCACACCGUGGGUUGUGGGGUCAUGGUUGAGAUAUCCUGGCUCAGGCUUUCAGGGAGCUUUCAGCUGGGGAUGCGUACAACAAUCUGUCAUGCUAUUUCAUUUGAGAAGACAUGAACACCUUUUAACACCCAAUUAACAUCUAUGAAAGUGAUUUACUCCUAGUCGUCAUUGACUUGAGGAAGAUUGAUGGUUGCCCUGAGGCUAACUUCAGACUGCAAACACACAUGUCGAUAUACACACCAUAGACUGCACACACACUGAUAUCAACACCUUCUUUCACGAUCUGGUAGGCCAAACAAUGUAAGGCUCUUCUUUCUUGAGAAUUGUUCUUGAGGAGUGCUACACAUUAAAAGCCAAUCUCUGAAUUUGAUGGCAUCCUCAGUGUGUGACAUCUGGAUUCUCUGAGGAAGCAAUAACUGUUUUAGUAAUUAUUUUGGAGAGCUGCUAAACAUGUUUGGGUCAGUCGAAAAGAGUGAUCUAUGGCGUAAGCCUCCUACAGUGAGAAGGGAAGCCAGGAGACCUCCCUAAUCACACGGAAGGGGUGGGAAUAGGACAGGGGGACAGAGCGAAAGAGGCCACUGAAGUAACUUUUUUUUUUUUGCCUCAGUGGCUGUUGGAGAAGAAAACGUGUUGGCAGCUUGGCCUUCCGUCACUGUGUGUACGUGCAGAGCAGCAGAAGGAGAACGGUCUGAUGUGUCACCCUACAUAGUUUCCUCUUUGUUCGGCACAAUUGAUCCAAGCCAUCUUCUUUGUCUAAAGUCCGAGGGGGAAAACGGUCACAGACUGCACUAAAUAGGCCUCUGUAGAGAGACCCCGGGAAUGAAAAAAAGAGCAUGAAUAGUCUAUUCUGGCAUAUGUCGAAGAGAUACUACAUGGGGUGUACGGGUCCAUUGUGGCAUAAUGUUUUGAUAAUGACUAUAUGCAUAUUUCAUAUGGUUUAUGUAUGGUAAAAAAGACAAUCUUCAACCACGUUGUUAACGUGUCAUAUCAAGGGCUACAUAGGAUUCAACAUUUCUGAUGUAAAAUAAUUUAGCAUUUUGAUUUUGACAAUACUUUUACCAGGUAAAUAUUAUUCAUCCUAUUGCAAUGUGCAAGGGGUAACAUUUAAUUACUAUUAUUUCAGUGAUAGUGUGUAGACUAUCACAAUAUGGAGGAAAGAAAUUCCAUGACACAAAAGUGGAAAUGUUGUAGCAUUUGUUUUGAAAGAAAACUGAAAAUGUCUCUGCUGCCGGACAUAUGAUUAGUUCAGAGUAACAGAGUAGAACGGUUUAAAAAAAGUUUCCACAGAAUUGUCAGUUCAUCCAACUUACUGUUUGACUGGAGUUUACAAAGUAUUAGUUCUGUGUUACUGCAGAUAUAAAUAUGUUUCUUUGUCAUAGACAGUAAAAGCCCCCAUUGGUCAAUACACAAAGUAAUAUUCAGUUGUUUUACUGAUGUAUUAUGGGGAUUCUAUGCUCACCUCUCACGCUCAACAUUGCUGAUUUGCUAAUUACGUGGGCUGUUCUUUUUUUUCUAAUUGAAUUGCAGUUGUCUAGUUUUUAUGUUAUCAGUGCAUACUCUUUAGCUGUUAACUCUAGUCAGGUAUUUUCAGGACCUCACACCCAACAUAGAGACAGGGUUAGUUUGAACAUUAAACAAUAUGUUUAGAAAUGUUUGUUCCUCAUGUGAUACUGGGACCAAGAUUAAGCCAAAGUUUAGAUAUAAAAAAAUAUUUUAAAAAUGCACUAGAAACUUGGGAAGUUUAUUUUAGGUUUAUAUCUGAAAAUAUACAGGACACUUUUUAUAUCCCCAUAUAGACGUCCUAUUUGUUAUAUGUUCUAGUUCUGUUACUGUUUACUUUUAUUUUGUCUGAAAUGUUGAUGUCCAUGUUCUAGAAAACUUUAAUAUCUACUUUAAAAAAAUAAACAAAUAUAGUUUG